AUGUGCAUUGAUUACCGGCAAUUGAACAAAGUGACGAUAAAGAACAAGUAUCCACUGCCGAGGAUUGAUGAUUUGUUCGACCAGCUUCAGGGUGCAAAGGUGCUUUCAAAGAUAGACUUGAGAUCUGGCUACCACCAGCUGAGGAUUAGGGCAUCCGAUGUCCCUAAGACAGCAUUCCGCACUCGGUACGGGCAUUAUGAGUUCCUGGUCAUGUCGUUUGGGUUGACCAAUGCCCCAGCAGCGUUCAUGGAGUUGAUGAACCGAGUGUUCAGGCCAUAUUUGGACAUGUUCGUGAUAGUCUUUAUUGAUGAUAUUCUAGUGUACUCCCGCAGCCAGGAGGAGCACGAGCAGCACCUCAGAGUGGUUCUUCAGACUCUGAGGGAUAGUCACUUAUAUGCCAAGUUCUCCAAGUGUGAGUUC